AUGAUCCUUACAGGGUUAAUCUCAGAUGGGUUUGCUGCAAGUCGCUUAAUUUCCUUUUGUGCAAUAUCAGAAUCGAGAAAUCUUGAUUAUUGUGUCAACAUAUUGAGUAAUUUAGAAAACCCAAAUGUGUUUUCUUGGAAUACAGUGAUUAGAGGGUGUGUAGAGAGUGAAAUUCCUGAAAAAGGUUUAGUUUUGUAUAAAAGGAUGUUGACCAGGGCUGGUUGUAGGCCUGAUAAUUAUACCUACUCUUUUUUGUUUAAAAUUUGUGCUAAUUUAGUGCUAUAUUAUAUGGGUUUUCAGAUUCUUGGACAUGUAUUGAAAAUGGGUUUUGAUCAGGAUCUUUAUUUGUAUAAUGGGAUUAUACAUUUGUUGGUUUCAGUUGGAGAGUUGGGGUUAGCACAUAAGGUGUUUGAUGAAGGUUGUGUUAGAGACUUGGUUUCUUGGAAUUCAUUGAUUAAUGGGUAUGUUAGAAGGAGGAAGCCAAGGGAGGCAAUGGGUAUUUAUCAACAAAUGAUAACGGAGCAAGUUAAGCCUGAUGAGGUGACGAUGAUUGGUGUCGUUUCUGCAUGUGCACAAUUAGAAAGUUUGAAACUUGCGAGAGAAAUUCAUCAGUAUAUUGAAGAAAGUGGAUUGAAUUUGAAAAUUUCACUUGCUAAUGCACUUAUGGACAUGUAUGUGAAAUGUGGGGAUCUUGAGGCGGCGAAAGCAAUGUUUGAUAAUAUGACAAAGAAGACGGUUGUUUCAUGGACUACGAUAAUUGUUGGGUAUGCCAAAAAUGGGCUUUUGGAUACCGCUAGGAAGCUUUUUCAUGAUAUGCCAGAGAAGAAUGUUGUGGCAUGGAAUGCCAUAAUUGGAAGCUGUGUUCAAUCCAAUCUUGGCUUGGAGACAUUAGAAUUGUUUCGUGAAAUGCAAGUGAGCAAUAUGAAGCCUGAUAAGGUGACCAUGCUUCAUUGCUUAUCUGCUUGUUCACAACUUGGAGCUCUAGCUAUUGGAAUGUGGAUUCACAAUUAUGUCAAAAAGCAGGAUCUCUCUUUAGAUUUUGCCUUAGGUACUGCAUUAAUUGACAUGUAUGCAAAAUGUGGAAAUAUGACAAAGGCUCUUCAGGUUUUCAAUGAGAUGCCUGGAAGAAACUCUUUGACCUGGACAGCCGUAAUUGGAGGUUUAGCUCUUUAUGGGAAUGCUAACGAUGCCAUAUUUUACUUCUCUAGGAUGAUUGAUAUUGGAUUGAUGCCAGAUGAAAUCACCUUUCUAGGGGUCCUAUCAGCUUGUUGUCAUGGAGGGUUGGUUGAAGAGGGUCGCAAGUAUUUUGACCAAAUGAAAUCCAAAUUCAACCUGUCUCCCCAGCCUAAACACUAUGCCUGCAUGGUGAACCUUCUUGGUAGGGCUGGUUUGUUGGAGGAGGCUGAAGAGUUUAUUAAAACAAUGCCAAUGGAGGCAGGUGCUAUGGUGUGGGGUGCUUUGUUCUUUGCUUGUGGAAUUCAUGGAAAUCUUCUGAUAGGGGAAAGAGCAGCUUCAAAGCUUCUUGAGUUGGAUCCCCAUGACAGUGGAAUAUAUGUUUUGCUAGCAAAUAUGUACAAGGAAGCCGGUAAGUGGGAGGAGGCUCGGAAUGUAAGAAAGAUGAUGAUGGAAAGAGGAGUCGAGAAGACUCCUGGUUCUAGUUCAACUGAGGUAAAUGGCAUUGUCAAUGAAUUUAUUGUUAGAGAUAAAUCACAUCCUCAAUCUGAACAGAUUUAUGAAUGUUUAAUCCGGUUAACAAGACAAUCGGAGUUUGCUAUGUCUGAAGCUUCAACUGUUUUAAAUGACUUUCUCUUAGGCUUUUAA